AUGCCUUAUAAUACUCGUCGCAAGUCGUUGUCGCUUCCGUCGCUGGGUAUUCACCUGCCUAAUUCAUCCCGCCGUUCGCCGUCUGCCUCAAAACCGCCACACGCGACUGACGACCAGCUGCAUCCCUCCAAAAAGGUAAAGAGAUCGCACGACUCGAGUUCUCUGUCGCCAGAGCCUUCCUCGGCCUCCAGCUCGACCUCGACCACGCUCAAGCAUCAGUUGGCUGGUGCGCGCUCGUCCGCUCGACGCGGUACCCUAGAGCAGACGCCACCCCCGUCGCCCCUCGACGGCAGCGUCGCGCCCAAGGUCGAUACGGAGGGGAUCAGUGAUGAUAUCGUGGUCGCCGUUAUCGAACAACUGGAGAAAACGGGCAACCGUCCGCACCUGGUCAAGGAGCUCGCUGCUGUUCUCGUCGCUCUAAAUGACAAUGUCGCAAACUCCGCAAACCCUGCUGCUCUGUUGUCGUCGCGGCUAAGCACGUAUAUGAAGCGCCCAUGGACGGCCCUGGCGCCCUGCCCGAUCGCCAAAGAACUCAUUCCGAUCCACCCUCGGAAGGUGUACUAUUACCUGACGACGCUACCUCGUCAGCCGCUUCCCGAGAACUCGGACGAUAUCGUCGUCCCCGGCCUCGAAGGGAAACAGACCACGCCCAGCGUGACCAGUGCGGAUCUGGACGAGGAAGACGCGUUGGCCCGGGAGCGAUCGCGCAUGAGCCCCAGCCCUGAAGUCGACCUGUCUUCCCCAGACUUUGAAACAGAGAACAUAGAUCUGGACGGUCGCGCCGAUUCUACCAGCUCCUCAAGACAUAGCCCCGAAUUUCCCGACCAUUCUCACCAAGCGCGCUUGUUGCACUCGAACCGUGCCGCUUCGCCGCCACUCGAGGGUGACGAGAAAGAGUUCACGUUGACUGCUAGCGCUGUUCGCGAACGGGCUUCGGAGCAGAGAGCUGGCCGGAACGAGACUUCCAAGGGAGGGUUCUCUGCAUUGACCGAGGGCCUGAACGGGCUGGACGAUGAAAGCAUGAGCAUCGUGGGGACUCCCAUGGACGACGGCCCGCUCUCCUCCAUCAGCGGGGACCGGAUGUCGGACAGCCCUGAGGCCGACUAUUUCUCCCACGGAGGCAUCCAGGAACAACAUUCGCUCCGGGAACAAUUACAGCAGCAAGACUCCGACGAGGCCGCUGUGGUUGCCCUCUUCGGAACGUCCCCGUCCCCUUCGCUUACAUCCGUCGCCUCAUCCAUCUCGUCUGGCACGAGUGUGGUAUCCGACGAUGGUUUGGAUUCCGAGGUGCGCGCCGGUGGCGUCGGCAACGCCCCUCAAAUAAGCCUUCCCGAGGACCUCGACGUGGCACCUGUCUCUACGCUAAAGCGAUCCAUCGACAUGCUGAACAGCGAACUGCCCGACCUCGACAUGAAGAUGUCGGAUCUGGCUGAGCAGGACAGCAAGGUGUCACUUGGAGCCCGGGACAUGAUGAAAGCAGACAUCGAGAUGACCUUCGACGAUUCGUGGAAGGAACUUCAGAGUCCCGAGACGGUCGGAGUUCAUGAGCUGGACGAAAUGUUUGGCGAAAUUUGA